AUGGGAUCCAUAUCGCGCGAGGAGGAACCUGCCGUGGGGGAAGGUGCACCUUUGGCCAUCAUUGGGAUGGCAACACGCUUCCCACAAGAUGCCUCGAGCAAUGAGAGAUUGUGGGACUUUCUCCUUGCUGGAAGAUCAGCGCACACUCCAUUCCCAGAAGAUCGAAUCAACCCAGAUGGUCAUUAUCAUCCUGACCCAGAGCACGGAGGCACAUUCGCCGUAAAGGGAGGUCACUUCCUGGCUGAAAAUCCAGCAAAUUUUGAUGCUCCAUUUUUUAGCAUCACCAAAGGAGAGGCGUUGACUCUGGAUCCUCAACAGCGGGUGGUCCUAGAGAAUGUCUACCAUGCUUUGGAAAAUGCUGGACUCACUCUGGUCGACGUGUCCUCCUCCAACACUUCGGUUUACGUAUCUGGUUUCAACCACGACCACCUUGCAGUGCUGAACGCAGACCCCGAGACAACUUUGAAGUACAAACCCACAGGCACAACCAACUCAUUGCUAAGCAAUCGUGUCUCCUGGUUCUAUGACUUCAAGGGGCCUAGUAUUACACUCGACACCGCAUGUUCAAGCAGUAUGGUUGCGUUACACUUGGCCUGCCAAAGCCUAAAGACGGGAGAAAGUGAUAUGGAAGGGAAAUGCUUCAGCUUUGAUCAUCGGGCAGACGGAUAUGCUAGAGGUGAGGGUGUUGGGACUGUGAUUGUCAAGAGACUUUCGGAUGCCCUCCGAGAUGGCGACACGAUUCGCGCGGUCUUACGCGGGUCCGGAGCAAAUCAAGAUGGCAGAACACCUGGUAUCUCUCUGCCUAGCAGUGCUGCCCAAGAAAGUCUUAUUCGUAGCGUCUACAAACACGCAGGGCUGCCAUUGAGCGACACGAUGAUGAUCGAAGCUCACGGGACUGGCACUUCGGCUGGUGAUCCAAUCGAAGCUAGCGCUAUUGCUCGGGCCUUUGCAUCCAGGCACAGGGACAUUCCACUGUACAUCGGUGCUAUAAAAUCUGGAAUUGGUCAUCUCGAGGGCGGAGCAGGGAUUGCAGGGCAAGCAUAG